UCUGUUGGUUUGCGAGUGUUACUGGUGCUUUUAACAUAACACCGGGAUGGGUCAGCAGAUCUCAGGUCAGGGAGUUAUGAACCAGCUCCGUCAGAAGCUGGAGAAAUGUUUAGAACUGGUUCGUGACAGUCGCUACCUAACUUACGAGGAGUUCCUGGGAAGACUGGCUGAACUUAAUGACAUUACUGCUGAACAGCAGAACGACCUGCUGUUUGAAGUGCAGCCAGGAUCUGAUGCUACAGCCUUGUGGAAGGUGGCUGUCAGGGUUGUGUGUACCAAGAUCAGUAAGGAGAAUGGCAUGGUGGAAGCGUCGCAGAUCAUGAACCUGUAUCAGUUCAUCAAGCUGUACCAUGACAUCACCAGCCAGGCAACUGAGGUGCCGUCUGCAAAGAGCCCCUCUACUGAGCUUCCCGCCACUUACUCCUGCCAGGCCAGCAGGAGUGGUCAGAGCCUAAGCGACCUAGCGUGUCAUCUGCAAGUGACUGCUGCCAGCGAAUCGUGGGUAAUAUCUGAUCUUCAGAGACUACUUCCUUAAUGUGACUAAUAAGGGAGGCCACCCAUACAUGCUUUAAAAUGUCGAAUACUUACCUACGUAGAUAGAAAAUGGAGACAUACCCACAUAAGAAGAGCAAGAUAGAAAAGAAUCCAGCAGAUUUCUUCUCUUCUCUUUCUUCUCUUUAUAUUCUUUGUGACUUUAUAUUCUUUGUUCUGAAAAUGAAAAUCUCUUCUUUUAAGUCCUAAAAAUCCCAGGAUGCUUUUUGAAACCAGUUUUGUGAUAUGUUGUUUGAAGUGAAAAAUAAAUAUGUAUUUGUAUUUUACAAUAAAUUGUAACAUUUUAA